CGCAGUUCAAGCUUUAACUCUAGUGUGCACCAAAGACUGUAGUUCAAUGGUUACAACAAGAUCGGCCACUCGUGUGGUCGGCAAUGACUCCACAAAAGUAAUGGUCUUAAAACCAGGAAGCUUUGCCCCUCAAGCUAGUACUAGUGACGAGGAUUCAGAAGACCCUGAUAUUGCUCCGCGCCACGUCAAAAAAAGAUCCAAGAAACGGGCGGGUUACCGCGCCAAAAAGAAGUUGAAGCGCCGUGGACGACUCGACCUAAUGCCCACCAUGAACUUGGAUAUUCUAUUUCAUAUACUCAGUUUUCUCUCUCCAAUGGACCUUUUGAAUCUAUCCCGAACCAGCAAGGACUUCAGGAAUUUAUUGCUGCAGCGAUCAUCCGCUUCUGUUUGGAAAACUGCCCGUCUUCAGGUUGAUGACCUUCCCGAUUGCCCUCAAGAUAUGAGUGAACCACAGUAUGCAAAUCUUGCUUUUUAUCCUCAUUGCCAUGAUUGUGACAGAGUUGUCCGAUCCGUUUUAUGGCCACUUCGAGCACGAUACUGCCCCAGAUGCAUCGGUGAAAACACUCUUGAUCAGUGGAGUACAGCAAGCCGCUUCCCAUGGACGGUAAAUUUCAAUUCAUAUGACUUACCGCAUGCCAUUAUAUACGGAACGGGCCGACCCAAGCAGCUGUUCCUCAAGAAGGCACUCGAUGAACUACGUGCCGAGCUCUCGAAGACGCCGGCAGACGAGAUGGUAGCUUUGUUGCGUGAGAAGCGAACGCAUGCUGCUGAGGUCAUGAAACAUGCAGAGCGCUGUCAGCAGUGGUUAGAGUGUGUCGCAAGUUCUCGUAAACUUGAACUUGACGCCAUUAGGCGUGCUCGCCAGGACGAUAUCGUGACUCGUCUCACUGAAGCAGGCUACAGGCCUGAGUUGGACUAUGUCAAUAAAUUUUGGUUGGAAGACCAUCUGGGGACAUCGUUCAAGGAACCUAAACCUCUUAAUCAAAAAUCGUGGGAUCGUAUGCGCCCAGAUUUGAUUACAGCGCUUGAUAAUGUCAGGCUGCGCCGCAUAGAAGAUAAGGUCUACGGUCCUCGGCGCCAGAUCCUGAUGGAUGAAUACAAGAAGUACCUACAGGACCCCCCUCCCGCGGAUGCAACAUUUGACCUGAUGCCACAUGCCGUCAAUGUUGCAGAAUUCGACCCCUUCAGAGUUCUCAUCAUGUCACCUGAAUCAGCCACAAUUACCGCGACUUCAUUCGUCUCUGCUUUUCAGCAGCUCCCGGACUUCGUAUCCUCCUGGAGAGCCAAAAUCGAUCGCGAAUUUCUAGAUCUGAUCCGCAGUCCAGAAAGCCAGGGUGAUAGUAGGAAACAGGAGGAUGCGGAUUGCCUGCAGUUGGCAACUGCUACAUUUAUUGUGGAAUCUGGCAGUGAUCGUCGUCUCCUGAUGUAUCCUGAAGUGCUCUCGUGGCCUGGAUUUUUCGCCCCGGCACCUGUCACGCUGUUCGACGAGGUGUACCUUCUACAAGUCAAACAAUUCGAGUGCAGGAUGUGGUCCGCCGUUAGACAUCUUCCUCGGAUUAGUAUUUUUGAGGGAACUGCAGCUGUCAUUCAGGCUGCCAGUCUUGACCCCAAGACCACGCGUCGAGAGCACAUGGAUGAACUGGAUGCUCGCUUUGCAUGCGGAAAGUGUUCCACGCCGGGCAGCAAGGUGGUUAUGACAUGGGACAUGGCGGUGAUGCACAGCUAUCGCUUGCACAGAGAUCUGCAACCUGAAGAGAUCAAGUGGACAAUGAUAGAGGGGGAGGAGUUAGGAAAUGUCAAGGAUUAUGAGAAAGAAGCCAAACCUUCUGUGAAGGCAGAUGCUAUCGUGUAUUGCGCCUUGUGCCAGCAUCAUGUGCGUGAUGCUCGGUCACUUACUUUCAUUCAGAACCAUCUGGCUGAGAUUCAUGGGAUUCCCUCGAAUGAGGCCGAACAAGGCACACACUACAUUCCUGACCGCAAUUCAACAUCCGUGAUUUCUAUGGUUGUGGACAGCGACGGCAAGGUAUCAAAUCAUGCCGACCAUCGCUUAGUUCCGUCAUACUCCAGUGGUAUAGAACUCCUUUACUGGAAGAGUCACCUGGUGUAGUAUAUUCCUAUUCGUCUCAUAUUCUACAUGCAUUUCUGAAUAUUUAUUGUACAAUAUUAUUACUGUGGGCAUGGAGACAGACACCCCACAGAUCUCCUCUAACCCUUCUUUGAGUUCUUCGAGGUAGCUGUCACACGUUUUGAGAUCCAUGUAAGAA